UUUGUAGAUCCAUGGAGCAAAAAUAGGUUUUCCAAGAAUCCUUGGUCCGAUAAAGAACGGCCUUAUGUUAGAAUAAACCGGUACAAAGACAUAAAAUUGACACCAGUUGAGCGUGCAGGAAAGUUAUCUAGAAGAGUUACAGCUUCUUGCUUGUCAUAUCUGGAGAAGUCACCGUAUGAUCAAAAUUACGCAUUAUGUAAAUGCCAGUUAAAUGAUAAGACGUUAAUCGAUAUAUCAGAAAUUAGACGAUACCACUACAUUCAAUACUUGAAUAUUGCCCAUAACUUUAUUGUAUCAUUGGAACCACUGAGCGAAAUGCCAUUUUUACAGUAUUUGGAUGCAUCUUUUAACUCUAUCGAACAAGCAUUCGAUUUUAGUCCACCUUUAUAUCUCACCACAGUAAAUUAUUCAGGUAACAAGAUUGUACAUAUACCAAAUUUGAAAAGAUUCUGGUCCAUUGUACAUUUGAAUAUGUCUUACAAUAAAAUAAGAGAAAUAAGAGGUUUGCAGAGGUUAAAGUUUUUGACAUACUUAAACUUAUCUCACAAUAAAAUCAGAAUGCUGGAAAACUUAAGUAAUUUGAAUAUACAAACUUUGAUCUUGCGACAAAACAAUAUAUAUUUAUAUGAAACUGAAGGUGCUAAUACAGGAUUCGGCACGUUAGAAAGACUUCAUACUCUGGAUUUAGCAAAUAACCAACUAACGACUCUGCAGUUUCUGUUUAAAAAUUAUCGACUAGAGAAUGUUGAUAUAGAAAGCAAUGAAAUUUCCAACUUGAUGGAGAUUUUUUACCUUAAAUGCUUAUUUAAUAUUAAACGGUUAAAUCUUGCCCAUAAUACUGUGGCAGAUACACCACAUUUUCAGAAAAUGUGUCUUAGAACUUUUCCCCGCCUACAAAUUUUAAAUGAUAAUCAAGUUACAGCCAAACAGAAAGUAGAAGCUUGUACCAAAGAAGAUGUUAAUCCAAUCUACACAUCUCACAUCUGUAGGACUCAAUUGCUGUUGCUUGAUACCCUUCAAAAGUCAAAUAUUGGUCCUCAAGUUUUCCCUUAUGAUCAACCUCCUCCCAACGUUAUAGCCGUCAUUGGUCCACCUGCAUCUAGAAAGAAGAUAAUAAUUAACAACUUUUUUGAAGCGUAUGGACGGGUACGGUUGGGAAUAAGCCAUACUUCACGGAAAAAAAGACCAAAUGAAAUCGACGGCAAACAUUAUUAUUUUAUAGAAAAGGAAGAAUUUGUUGAUAUGAUGAAACAGGCUGAAUUUAUUUCGACUUCGGAAUUUAACGGAUGCCAUUAUGGUAUAUCACAUAAAGAGUUAGAAAAAGGCAUUGAUUCCAUUGUUGUUUUCCUUUGUGAUUUAAAAACAGCUCUAACGUUAAAAAUAUCAGGCGUUAAUAUCAAAUUAGUACUGGCUUUACCUAAAGAUGAACUUCGUCAUAUAAAAUGGGCCAAGGACGUAUACUCCGUGGAAGAAGCAAAUUAUUUAGAUUAUACCGAAUUAUUAGUUGUACCGUGUUCUUACUGUAUCCAACCUGUUGCAUCUCAAAGAUAUACUGAUGAUGAUAUUUUUGAAGAAGAUAGUUCAGCGUCUUUGGACCUUGAUCAAUCAUAUUCAUCAGUUAAUGAGCAUAUAAUUAAUGAUUUAACUACAAGUGAUGAUCAACAACAGGAAAAUCCUGGAGACUUAAUAUAUUCUUCCGUACAUUCGGAAUGUUCAAUGCAAUCUAGUGUAAUGGUUAUGGAGUCGCAAAGAGUUAUGGCAAAAGUCGACAGUCCCAAACAGAGUCAAGAAACAAACCCUGUUCUAUGUAAUAUUCAAAAUAUAAACUUUGAUCACAAAUUAGCACAACAUAAGGACAAAUCUGAGAAUAUUUCUGGAGUUGUGGAUGAAAUAGACGAUUUAAAAAAAAGUGAAUCAGAUGAUUUAAAGGCAUCUAUAUUGUCAGGUCGAUCUAUUCAAGCACAUAAAGAAAAAUUAGGCGAAAAAUCUACGUCAAACGAAAAAAUUGAUGACAGAAAAGUAUCUUUUGAUCGUUUUGACUUGCCCUUUAUAUAUGCAGAUGAAUCUAUAUCUGCACAACCAAGAAGAGAACAAUUAAGAAGUAUAAGUGAUGCACAUAUUUUAAGAGGUUUUAGGAGUCAAGCAGAUGAGAAUCCUUUAUUAAGUGUUUUGAGUUCGAUGGAUGUCAAAGAAAAAUCCUCUAAAACUGUUUAUACCUCAAUUUCAGACAGGAUUCAUGCACUAAGAUAUGAUAAAUUAGCACCGUUUUUCAAACGUAUUAUAGAUUUAAAAAAUAUGCUCUUACAGUUGCAUUGGCAGAAUCCUGGAUUAUUUCACACUGUGAUAUUUACAGAUUACCCUUCAGAUUGUACAAACGGUUUAAAAGAUAUUGCUCGGGGGAUGCUGACUACGUUAGGUGCAACAAAAAAUUUUAAGGAUCCUAAUCUGUUGAAAAAUCAUCCUGAUUUUCAAGAAGUCAUUAAAAAGAGAUUGGCCAACAUGAAACUGCAUGAAAAUCCUUUUACUAGAAUUUAG